CUUUUCUAGUCGAAUUCUCCUCAGCAUGGCCAAAUUCGUGAGUACCUACGAGAAGCCCUCGCCUCACAUCAGUCUGCCCGAUUGGCACGCUAAGCAAUGGGAGCUUCGACAAUCCUCGGACACCCGGAGAUCCGAGGCCUGUCGACUGCGCGACUUCAGCAGAUCUGUGCGCCUCGAGACGGACGCGAGGACCAAAUGGGACGCUGACAUAAACAACGAUCGACUGGCGGACAGAGUCACGGAACUGUCGAGAUGGAGAAAUGAUCUCGAGGACUUGAUGCGACAGUUGUUACUCGAAAUACGUUCGCUGAGCAACGAGAAGAGCAACGUGGAGAGAGAAAUUGAGAAUAUGAAUUAUCUUCUGCAAGUGGUCAGUGAAUGCAUCUCGAUGAGGGACCGUCGUAGGAGAACCGAACUCACGUACGACGAGGCCGAUAUCCAGCUGAAGAAGGAGCUCUGCGUGGUCGCAAACAUUCAAGACGCGUUUAUCAAGAGAGCGCAGACUGCGUGGGAGAAGUUGAAUCAUUUGGAGAACCUCCGGUUCGACCUGAGCGUGGAUGUGCAGGACAAGAAUGAGGCCAUCCAGAUAGACGGGGAGAAUCUCGCGUUGGACCGCGCUGGUUCCAACAUAAGUUACAAACCGACACUGCCAAUUGGCGAGAAAACGCGUUCGAUCACGUAUGCGAUGUGGCUGGACCGAUGUCACCGCGUGAAAACGUCGAUUAGAGACAAGAUGGGCGACUCUCGCAGUUUUCGCGAGGCUACGCGCGCGAUGCGGGAACACGCGUGGAACGACAUCAGGGCUCAGCAAGAUGCGACGGAUUACACCUUGAGAAAGAGGAUCUAUCACACGCAAAAGGCCAGGAACGAGCUGGACUGGCAGAAGCUCAAGGUGCAGAAUGAAAUGGAGGCGUUGAUGAAGGAGAUAAGUCGGUUGGAAGAGGCGUUGGCGAAGAAAAUGGACGUGACCAAGUGCGCGGAGACGCGUUUGGAAAAUCGCACUUAUCGGCCCGGACACGAGCACUGCGCGGACGAGGUCGAGACGGGCUUGCGGGGCGAGAUUCAACAACUGAGACAGACCAAGGAGAAUUUGAUCGGUGCUGUCGAGAACGCAAAAACGAGCCACAACGGUUUGGAGUCCUUGCUCACGCGUAUCGACCACGAGCUGGACGAUAAGCAGCACUCCAUGAACAUCGACGUCAUGUGCUUAGACUCGAGAGCAAUACUGAAGACAGGCGACAGGGCGCGCUUGCCCAACGAGACCGAUCGCAAUAUCGUGUUAACGCGCAUGGAGCAGGAGAUUCCGCUGGAGUCUCAAGUCCAGCGCACGGCCUCGUGUUAGGGCGUUGC